GCACACUCACUGCGCAUGCCCACUGCGCAGCGGACGCCAUGUUGGAGCAGGAGUGGAUUCGGGGUUUGAUAUUUUCUGACGCCGUAUGUUUUUCUUAAAAAUUAUCCGCCUUCGCACAUCGCCGGUGUCCGUCAACCGAGCGCGUCGGGCGCCCUGAGCGGCAGUGGCCAUGAUGAACGCCAGUGUCGACCUGUCCCGGAGGAACCCACAGGAGGAUUUCGAGCUGAUCCAGAGGAUAGGAAGCGGCACGUACGGAGAUGUGUACAAGGCUCGCAAUGUAAACACAGGGGAGCUGGCUGCUAUCAAAGUCAUCAAACUGGAGCCAGGGGAGGACUUUGCCGUCGUCCAGCAGGAGAUUUUGAUGAUGAAGGACUGUAAACACUCCAACAUUGUAGCAUACUUUGGCAGUUAUCUACGGAGGGACAAGUUAUGGAUCAGCAUGGAGUACUGCGGGGGAGGUUCUCUACAGGACAUCUACCAUGUAACCGGACCACUGUUAGAGUCUCAGAUAGCCUACAUGUCACGGGAAACCCUGCAGGGUUUAUACUAUCUUCACAAUAAAGGCAAAAUGCACAGAGACAUCAAGGGCGCCAACAUCCUGCUGACCGACAACGGCUAUGUGAAACUAGCCGACUUUGGCGUAUCAGCGCAGAUCACAGCCACUUUGGCCAAGAGGAAGUCGUUCAUUGGAACGCCAUACUGGAUGGCUCCAGAGGUGGCAGCAGUGGAGAGGAAAGGAGGUUACAACCAGCUGUGUGACAUCUGGGCUGUGGGCAUCACAGCAAUAGAGCUUGCCGAACUGCAGCCGCCCAUGUUUGAACUCCAUCCUAUGAGGGCUCUUUUCUUAAUGACAAAGAGUAAUUUCCAGCCGCCAAAGUUAAAAGACAAGGCAAAGUGGACAGACAACUUUCACCAUUUUGUAAAAGUAGCCCUGACCAAGAACACAAAGAAGAGGCCCACAGCGGAGAAGCUGCUACAGCACCCAUUCGUGUCUCAGCCCCUGAGCAGGACGCUGGCUAAAGAGCUGCUGGACCGAGCCAAAAACCCCGACCACAACAACUACAACGACUUUGAUGACGACGACCCCGAGCCAGAGUCUCCGGUGGCUGUCCCUCAUCGGAUCCGUUCCACCAGCAGAAGCACCAGAGAAGGAAAGACGCUCUCUGAGAUCAACUUCGGUCAGGUGAAGUUUGACCCCCCGCUGAGGAAGGAGACAGAGCCCCAUCAUGAACCGUGUGAUUCUGAGCCAUAUCUGGACUGUGUUGAGGAGCUCUACUAUACCGCGAGAUCUAAUCUGGACUUGCAGAUGGAGUACGGCCACGAUUCACCUUGUCUGCUUGGAGGAAACAAAAGCCUUCUCAAGUCCGUGGAGGAGGAGCUGCAGCAGAGGGGCCACGUGGCACACUUAGGGGAUGAUGAGGAUGAGGAUGAUGAUGGUGCAGAUGAUGAUGAAACUCACACUCAUAAGAUGAACACUAUCCUGAGGCCGAAGGUCCCGCCCCCACUUCCACCUAAGCCCAAGUCCAUUAGCUCGCCGCAGCCCAAACAGGACGACAGCCAAUCGCACAGCGAGGACGAUGGCGGCAGCACCAUCAAGCGCUGCCCGGCCCCUCAGACGCCCAGCCCCGCCAAGCCCGCCUCCAACGUGCCCCCGCGGCCACCGCCCCCGAGGUUGCCGCCCCACCGCCGCUGCAGCCUAGGUAACGAGACCGCGGCGUGCGCAGACGCGGAAAAUUCGGCCCCGGAGGACGACGGAAGCUUUAGGCAUUUCUGGGAGUGGCUCCACACGCCUCACACUGAGGAGGAGCUGGAGGAGGCGUGGGAGGUGCUGAAGGAGGUGAAAGAGGAGCAGGAAAAAGAGGAUGAGGAAGAGAGGAACGGCGUGAACGCCUCGCACAACGGCGACCGCGACAGUCCCGCCGACAGACAGUCCACCAUGCCCCCUAAUGUGCCCACACGGAAAGACAAGAAGGACGUUCCGAAGCCAAGUAGCAAUGGGCUCCCACCAACGCCCAAAGUCCAUAUGGGUGCAUGUUUCUCCAAGGUGUUCAAUGGCUGCCCUCUCAAGAUCCAUUGCGCCACUUCCUGGAUCAACCCCGACACCCGAGACCAGUAUUUGAUAUUUGGAGCUGAGGAAGGAAUUUACACACUGAACCUUAACGAGCUGCAUGAAACCACAAUGGAGCAGCUCCUCCCUCGCCGGUGCACGUGGUUGUACGUCAUGAGCAAUAACCUUCUCUCGGUAUCGGGAAAAGCCUCCCAGCUGUAUUCGCACAGCCUGUCGGGUCUGUUUGAGCAGGCUCGACAGUUGCAGAAGCUACCAGUAGCCAUUCCCACACACAAGCUGCCUGACAAGAUGAUACCAAGGAAGUUUGCUGUUUCCACUAAAAUUCCAGACACUAAAGGGUGCCAAAAGUGCUGUGUAGUGCGUAACCCGUACACAGGCCACAAGUACCUCUGUGGGGCCUUCCAGUCUCAUGUCAUGCUGCUGGAGUGGGUGGAAUCCAUGCAGAAGUUCAUGCUCAUCAAGACCAUCGACUUCCCUCUGCCGUGUCCGCUGGAGGUGUUUGAGAUGUUGGUGGUGCCCGAGCACACCUACCCUCUCAUCUGCGUGGCGGUCAGCAAAGGGGCGGAGCUCAACCAGGUGGUCCGCUUCGACACCGUCAACCCCAACGCUACCUCUUCCUGGUUCACCGAGACGGACACGCCUCAGACGUGCGUGAUCCACGUCACGCAGCUGGAGAGAGACACCAUCCUCGUCUGUCUCGACCGGUGCAUCAAGAUCGUGAACCUCCAGGGCAGACUGAAAUCCAGCAGGAAGCUGUCGGCCGAACUCACCUUUAACUUCCAGAUCGAGUCCACAGUCUGUCUUCAGGAUAGCGUGCUGGCCUUCUGGAGGCACGGCAUGCAGGGGCGGAGCUUCAAGACCAACGAGAUCACGCAGGAGAUCUCGGACAGCACACGCAUCUUCAGACUACUGGGGUCAGACAGGGUGGUGGUGCUGGAGAGUCGACCGACGGACAACCCGACCGCCCACAGCAACCUGUACAUCCUGGCGGGCCACGAAAACAGCUACUGACACUCACGCUAACACCUCGCAUAAGGACGCGCACGAGGCCGCUCCCCCUCCCUGCAAGCCACGCCCCCUUCCUCUCCCAGCGGGCGCGCGGUGAGGUUGGCGUCCCCGGAGAGGCACCGCGGUGCGUUCAAAGAAAAAAAAAAAAAAAAAGGAAGGCUCCGCCCCUUGCCCAGCACGGAGGCGUGUCCUCGUGGUGCACAUCUUGCACAGACCCCCCCCUCCCCACUUUUAUUUAUUGUGGCAUGACGUUAACACCACCGCGACGAGGCUCCUCCUUUUUGAGCGGGAAAACCCUUCCCCUCAAAAAAAAAUAAGAAAACAAGUUUUUCCCGCCUCCGCUUGGCAACAGUCGUGGCCCCAGAAGUGCUAAAGUGCUGUGUAUUUAAUGGUUGUACAUAUAAAUGUAGUAUUUUUGGACAGAUAGGAACACUAAAAGUGGUGUGGUUCCACCGUUAGACGCGUGCGUCGUUGCAAACACGCCAGGACUUGUAAGAUGGACGACACAAAAUGGACGCCCACGCAUCACCCUUUCACUUCUUUCUGCCAUUUAAAAGAAAAAAAAACAUUUUUAUGCAGUUUUUAAUGCUCUUUUUUUUAUUUGAACCACUGGUGUUUAACAUUUGCACAGAGAAAAAAGGUAUGAGUGUUUGUGUUAUAAUUGUGCAGCAUCAACUCUCAGCACUAGUCGGGGAAAAUGUUUCAUCUGCCUUUUUUUCUUCUUUUAUUUAAAAAGUCGUUUUUCUUUUUAUCUUUGGAUGUCUCACUCGUCAAACCUUUUCUUUUUUCUGACAUGUUUGACCUUUCUUUCUCAGCACGCUCCCUUUUUUACAACAGUUACGCACUGUACACAAAAUCUGUUGAUUUUGCGAUAGAAAACUUAACUUUUACAGUAAACAUGGACAUGCUUUUUAAACCCAAUUAGUGCAAAUUGGAAAACUACACAAUUUAAAAAAAAAUAAAAAUAAAAAUUAUAACCAUGAAUUACAGUAAGUAGUAAAACGUUACCACUUAGAUUUUCACUGUAGAAUUCUAGCGAUUAGGCUGCAGUUUUUUUUUUUUAUCUGAAUUUUUUUCUUUUACAGUGCAGCAAAUUCCACGUUUUAACUCUUAUUUGAAGGCAAUGGUGCAAAGACUACAAUUUUUCAAGAAAAUUUCCCCUUAAAUUUCCAGGGGGAAAAAUUCCCUUUUUUUCCAGGACAAUUUCACUUAUUUACCAGGAACAUUCUCAUUAUUUCCCAGGAAUAUUUCCUUUAUUUUGCAGGUAAUUUCCCCUUAUUUUCCCAAAAUAUUCUCAUCUAUUCCCGGGAAAUUUCCCUUAUUUUCCCAAAAUAUUCCCAUAUAUUCCCGAGAAUUUUUUUUUAUUUCCACAAAAUAUUUUCAUAUAUUCCCGGGAAAAUGUUCUUAUUCCCACAAAAUAUUUUCAUAUAUUCCGGGGAAAAUCCCCUUAUUUUCUCCAAAUAUUCCCAUAUAUUCCCGGGAAAAUUUUCUUAUUUCCACAAAAUAUUUUCCUUUAUUCUCUGCAGGAUUGCCCUUGUUUACCUAUUUUCCUAGAAUUUUUUCCUGGAAAUUCCCUUGUCCCCCCCCCCAAAAUUUCCUUAUUUUCUCGGAAAAUGCCCUAAUUUCCAAAGGCAAAUGUUGACAGAUUUGCACUGAACAUGUCACACCCAUGAACAAUAACGGUAAAUAGAACUAUUAUAACAAAAAUAGUCCAAAACACAAAUCUAUUUUGUUGUUUUACAGGGCUGAUAGUUUUUUUUGUUUUUUUUAACAAUGAUGCAAGCUGUGAUGGACUCAAAACACUAAUGGAACUUCAAAAAAAAAUAUUACAAAAACUGACAUCCUUCAGUGGAAAGCACAUAUAGAAAAUAAUAUUUUGAUUUGUACAGUGGGUGAUAUUCUAAAUAUCGUAUUUCCUCAUAUAGUGGCUGGGAGCAUUUUCUGUUUAAAAAAAAAAAAAAAAAAAAAAAAAGUAUUUUAAAGAAAAUAUUUUUUGAAGAGAAGAAAUAUAUCAAUUAAAAUAUGUCAACAUAAAGACACAAUGGACACUUUUUAAGCUAAUAUUGCAUUUAAUUCGAUUACAAAAAUUAUGAGACAGGCUCCAGCACCCCCCGCGAGCCCGGAAGGGACAAGCGGAAGAAAAAUGGAUGGAUAGAUGACGAAAAGCACCAGGCGAGUGCAAACCUACACCGGGUCCUAGCUUCGUGUAGAUUUGACUGACUGAACGUCUAUUUAAACGUCUUUAAAAUGAAGCAGAUGCCACUAUUUGAGGUAUUACGGUAUUGUGGAAUCUUGUGAAAUAUGAGGGAUUUAAACCACCAGUCACGUGUCCCCCUCUCCCCGUGUUUGUUAAGACGACAAAAAGCUGACUAACAGAAAGGCACUGAAAGUUAGGUGGGCUGUAAUGUCGCCCUCCUGUGGUGCGGUUGAGUAACGACAAGUUGACAGGUUUCAAAAGCAAAGACGGAAGGGUAAAAUAAUCAUGUUUUUAUGCCAGUGAUGUCACACUUUGAGUUCAUAUCCGUCUCUUGCUACUUUGCAUGAUGCGUUUGUUUGUCGCUCAGCUUAGUUUUUGUCAUUUUUUUAUUAGCAUGAUUUUUUUUUUUGGUCAUGUUUCCAUUUUUCCUGCUUAUUUUCUGUUGGAAGAAAAUACAACGUUGGCCUUAAUGUUUUUUAUUUAGUUAAAUUGAACACCAUCCUUUACUCCCCACCUUAACACAAGCUCACACAAAUUGUCGCACGUACACAGGUGUGUUCUUCAUGAUGCAAUGCGCACGUUAUGACAUGUACAUAGUGUAAAGAAUUCAAAAAGUUGGGUUUGUUUUACAUACUGUAUAAUUGCCUAUAUUUUGUUGCGGAAGUGUAACAGAUUUAUGAGAAGUUAACACAUUAAAAAGAAGGACGUUGACGCACAACA